AUGGUACAAACACGAAAUAACGUUUACAACAAUAAUAAUAACCACCAAAGUGGUAAUAAUGAGGAUGCAAUCAUAAUUGAUUGCGUAUUAGCAAUGAGCGAUAACAAUGUUAGAAAUCUUUACCGAACGAUUGCCAGCAUUCUUCCACAAUACAAUACUCACCAAAUUCGAUACCGGGUUCGGAAUUUAAUUAAUCCUUUAUCCACAAAAAAUUUAUCGACAAUUGGAUUAAAAAAAAUCGGUCGAAAAGUGGCAGGAUAUCGUGGGCAAGGUUGA